CCUUCUUCUUCUUCUCUUUCUAGUGACAUAAAACAUAAACAUAAAACAUAAACGUAAUCAAAAACAUGGAACUAAGUAUCAUGUUAUGUUUUUUGUUUAGUUCUUCUAUUCUCUUCAUUGUUCUCUUUAGAAUAUUCAUCAAACAAUUUGUCUCCAAAAGACAACACUUGCCACUUCCACCUGGUUCAAUGGGUUAUCCUUACAUAGGAGAGACUUUUCAACUUUAUUCUCAAGACCCAAAUGUUUUCUUUGCAUCAAAAAUCAAAAGGUUUGGUUCUAUGUUCAAGUCACACAUUUUGGGGUGUCCUUGUGUGAUGAUUUCAAGCCCUGAAGCUGCUAAAUUUGUGUUGAAUAAAGCUCAACUUUUCAAGCCAACAUUUCCUGCUAGCAAAGAGAGGAUGUUGGGAAAACAAGCAAUCUUUUUUCAUCAAGGAGAGUAUCAUGCUAACUUGAGAAGACUUGUUCUUCGCACUUUCAUGCCGGAAGCCAUCAAGAAUAUUGUUCCUGACAUUGAAUCCAUUGCUCAAGAUUCUCUUAAAUCAAUGGAAGGUCGCUUAAUCACCACUUUCCUUGAAAUGAAAACGUUCACAUUCAAUGUUGCUUUACUAUCAAUUUUUGGAAAAGAUGAAGUUCACUACAGAGAGCGAUUGAAGCAGUGUUACUACACACUUGAAAAAGGGUACAAUUCAAUGCCAAUAAACCUUCCUGGAACACUCUUCCACAAAGCUAUGAAAGCAAGGAAAGAGCUAGCACAGAUCUUGGCUGAGAUAAUCUCAAGUAGGAGAGAGAAGAAGCAAGAUUUCAAAGACUUGUUAGGUUCAUUCAUGGAUGAGAAAUCAGGACUGAGUGAUGAACAGAUAGCAGAUAAUGUGAUUGGAGUUAUUUUUGCAGCUCGUGAUACCACAGCUAGUGUGCUUACGUGGAUUGUCAAGUACCUUGGUGAAAAUAUCAAUGUACUAGAAUCAGUGAUUGAGGAACAAGAAUCUAUAUUGAGGAACAAGGAAGAAAAUGGUGAAGAAAAGGGUCUUAAAUGGGAAGAUACUAAGAAGAUGGUUAUAACUUCUAGGGUUAUUCAAGAGACUCUUAGAGUUGCUUCAAUUUUGUCUUUCACUUUUAGAGAAGCCGUUGAAGAUGUUGAAUAUCAAGGAUAUCUUAUACCAAAAGGGUGGAAAGUAUUGCCUUUGUUUAGGAAUAUACACCAUAGUCCAAACAACUUUAAAGAUCCAGAAAAGUUUGAUCCUUCAAGAUUUGAGGUUGCUACAAAACCCAAUACUUUUAUGCCAUUUGGAAGUGGGAUCCAUGCUUGUCCUGGCAAUGAAUUAGCAAAGAUGGAGAUUUUGGUCCUUUUACAUCAUCUUACCACAAAAUACAGGUGGUCUGUGGAAGGUACAAAGGAUGGGAUUCAAUAUGGUCCCUUUGCUCUUCCCCAAAAUGGAUUGCCCAUCACACUAUAUCCAAAAAAAUAGAUAUCAUUCCAACAAAAAGAUUGAUCUAAGCCAAAACCAUAUUCUAUAGAAUCUUUCUAUAUAUGGAAAUAAUGACUUGUUAUGAUAGCUUUCAAAAUUGGUUUUAACUCAUUCAAGGAGAGACAAUGUUGCAAAUCUUAUAAAAAAGAAAGGGAGAUCAAUUCAACUUUUGCUUUCUUUUUUGGCCUAUAGACACCUAAAAGGGUAGUCUUGAGAAUAGCAUUCAAAUAGGGAUGGAGUUUGUCAAGUGUAUAUAAGAGGUUUCAAUUUCAUAGCCAGAGCUAAUAGUUUAAGUUUAUUUAGUCAUUUUUGGACUUUUCAUUUUCAAAUUUGAGGAAAAGUCCUCAAAAGAUUGUAUUGGUAGAUGUUACUUUUUACAUUUUUAUCUCACUUUGUAACCUACAAAUAAUAUUAGGGUGUACUAUGUGUCCUAAGGACAUUGGUUAGAGACACCUCAUUAAAUAUUUUUAAUUACUUGAAAAAUAAGUCUUAAUAUUUUAUACUUUUAA